CAGGUGCAUGAUUAUGUUACAGUCGGGUGAUCUACAUGUCUCUAAAAAUGUCAAGAAGAAGGGGAAGAAGUAUCGACUAACUAUAGACACUGCAUUUGAUGAAAUCAUCCGCCGGUGCCAUGCAUAUCACGACAGUUGCUGGUUGAGGAAGCCUCUGGUAGAUGCCUUCCGCAAGCUGCAUGUAGCAUUGCCUUCCUGCUUUCCAAUACAAGAGGACAAACCUAACGCCAAAGAUAAAACAAUACAUAAACACACACACACACAGACGCACACACAAACACCCCAGAACCCGUCCCCAGACAGAAUGGAUAUAAAUACAGCGCAGAUCAAUAGCAGAGACAAAAUACGGGUAAGGACGAUAGAGUUGUGGGAUAAGAAUGGGGAACAUCUGGUAGCAGGUGAAAUAGGGUACACAUUGGGGCGCACCUAUACGAGUCUUUCUGGGUUUACGUGCGAGAGCGGGUCAGGUACAGUGCAGUGUAUUGCGCUGGGGAGAUUAUUAGAGAGGUGCGGUUAUACAUACUGGGAUUUAGGUAUGAGUAUGGCGUACAAGCUGAGUAUGGGGGCUAAGAAUUUGCCCCGGUUGAAAUUUUUGGACAGGCUGGCAGAAGAAAGAGACAAGGAGCCGGAGAAGUCCAUAACUUGCAUGCUUGGAACUAAAGCAAACGAUAUUAUUGCAAAAUAAAUCGAAACUUGCCA